AUGUUGGAAUACAGGGGCAAGAAGGCUAGUUCAGGGGCGGAAUAUUGGUCCGAGCAGGCUCUGGACAAGCACCCGGAAGGAGAAGUGAAUAGCCAUGCUGUAAGCAUCUUGUACGAUGGCCUGGAGAAUAGUGAUACCAGUGAAGCAGCUGUGGAGCAGAACAGUCAGCCUUCCUCACUGCCUCCCACUAAAGAGCCAGGUAUAGUGGAGGCAAACGGCAGUGGUUGUGCGCCUGUGGUGGUGGAACAGGAGCCUGUCAUUGAGAAUGUUCCAGAAGCGGAAGCAGAGACUGCUAAGACGAAAACCAUACCAGAACCGGAACCAAACCACCAAAAGAAGGAGCCCAAGGAGAGUUCAAAAGAAAGAGUGAACGUAUUUGACAACCUCUUCAAGAAGAAAGCUACACCUCAACCCAACCCUGAUCCAGCCCCUGAAAAGGAGGAUCCCAUAAAGGACAAAACUGUGGAGGAGAGUAAGAGUUCCCCGGAAGUCCCUGUAACGGUGACCGAUGGGAUCCAAGCUGAGCCACUUGAUGAGGUAAAGGAGGAGGUCAACCCUAGUCCAGAGGCAGAGGACGUCAAAGGCCCCGGAAUUGGCGAGGAAAGCAAUCACCUUGAGGAAAACCAAGAGGGUGAGAGUCAAACAGAAGAUAAUCCAGUUAUGAACUUCUUUAAAACACUAGUGACUCCUACCAAAAGAAACAAGCAAGGAGCUGCCACCCCUGAUGUUACAAAAGACCAAUCACAGAAAGAGGCCCAACCAACAGCAACAACUACAGCUGCACAAGUAGUGGAUGCUCCAGCAGCAGCCAAAGGAGGAAUGUCAAUCCCACCACCCCCGCCUCCAGCCCCAGCACCACCUAAGAUGGAGGUUAAAGCAGAAAUAGCAGCCCAACCUGGGACAAACACACCAAAAAAAGAACCAAAGGAUGAUGCCAAAGAACCAGAGGCCACCAAGUCGAAAUCGGACAGCCCGUUCAGCAGACUUUUCAGCAGAAAGGAGAUAGACGCCUCAAAGACGGCUACUCUGGAGGCCUCUGCCAAACCAGAGCCACCACCGGCACCUGCACCAAAAGAGGGGAAGAAACCGGCUGUAACCAAAGCCUCCUUUUCUCUUUUCAAGCCCAAGGCUUCUGAGCCCAAAAAGGAAGCCCCAGCCCCAGCUACAGAAGCCAUAGCUGGCCCAAGUGUGGCCAAGGAAGAACCAAAGGCCCCAGAGAUCCCUGCUGUGGACAGCAAGCCAGCAUCAGGACCCUCCGAGGGUGGGGACAAUUCCCCCGUCCUCCCUAAGAGGCUGGAGAAGAGGAACUCCAUCCACUUGUUCUUCAAAAACCUGGGGAAACGCCAGUCAGACGCAGGAGUACAAACAGAACCUGAGAAGACCAAAUAA